AUGGCUCCGUCAGUAGCGACUCAAAUCUCAUUCGAAACCUUCUCGAACGUCAUUGAUGGCAGCUUGCGUUCCUCCAAACACAAAUAUCAGGGUAUCGAUCCCAACACCAGCCGUCCGAACUGGGACGUACCAGUGGCUUCCCUAAAAGACGUGGAUAACGCGGUAGACGCCGCCAAUCGAGCAUACAAGGAAUGGAGAACGACGUCGUGGGAAUAUCGCAGAGAACGCAUUAAUCUGUUCAAAGAGACCGUGCAGGCUUAUGAAGAGGAUUUGGUAGAAAUAUUGAUCAAAGAGACCGGCAAGCCACGCCGUGUUGCAAAGGUGGAAGUCAGCGGCGUGUAUGCACACUUCGACUGGCACAUCAAGCUCGAGCAGCCAAAGGGCGAGGAAUUUGAUCUCCCCACACGGCAUAUUAGACAUGUGUAUGAGCCCUUGGGUGUGGCGGUGGCCAUCUGUCCGUGGAAUUUUCCACUCAAACUGAGCUUAGCCAAGCUCCUUCCAGCUGUUCAAAUGGGCAAUGCCGUUAUCAUUAAGCCAAGUCCAUUUACACCAUACACUGCGCUCAAGAUUGCAGAGAUCGCCAAUCUGAUCUUCCCGCCAGGACUUGUACAGGCCCUCGGCGGCGAUAAUAGGCUAGGCCCCGCCUUGGUCGAGCAUCCAGGUGUGCAUAAGAUCAGUUUCACUGGUUCGACCGCCGUAGGCAAGAGUAUCAUGGCUGCGGCAGCCAAGACACUCAAGCGGGUGACCUUGGAAUUGGGUGGAAAUGACCCUGCAAUUGUCCUCCCCGACGCUGAUAUCGCGCAAGCUGCGCAGUUGAUCGCAAUGGGCGCGUUCUACAACACCGGACAGGUCUGCGUCGCCACGAAACGUAUCUAUGUGCAUUCCAGUGUUUACGACGUCUUCCUUACCGCCUUCACAAAUGCAGUCAAGUCUCUGAAAGUAGGUAACGCAAACGAUGAAGGAGUCAUGCUAGGCCCCGUCCAAAACCAGAAGCAGUUUGACCGAAUCAAGGACUUCUUCCAUGACACCAAAGACAAAGGUUAUCGACUCGCACUUGGUACGGUCGAUUGUGAGGACUCCAUAGGAGGCUUGUUCAUCAACCCUACCAUUAUUGAUGAUCCCCCUGACCAGAGUAUGAUUGUUCAGGAGGAGCAAUUUGGACCGAUCGUGCCAAUACAGAGAUACCAAAGUGUUGACGAGGCCAUCGGCCGGGCUAAUAGCACCACGGCUGGACUGGGAGCGACUGUGUUUGGCACAAACAGCAAGCUCUUACAAGAGGUUGCAGAAAAACUGGACAGCGGAAACGUUUGGAUCAAUAGCUCCCCAACUGUUACACCAGAGGCACAGUUUGGCGGAGUCAAGGAGAGUGGCAUCGGCACCGAGUUUGGCUCCUUGGGGAUCCUCGCCAGGCGGUUGAAGGCCCUUCCCACUCUUCUUCCCCUGGUGCUUCCAGUCCCCAGUGAGAGCUCGGUCGCAGUCGAAAGCAACCAGCCGCAGGACGGGAUAGCACCAUACAACGGCUCCCAGCCACAGGGGAACACUGGCAAUGCGUCCCCCGAACACGGUGCAUCUGCCGAGUACAGUCCCAACACUCAUUCGCCCCAGUCUGAGGACUCUUCUGCCCGUGAAAUCGAGUUGCCCUGGUCGCCAGGUGGUGCCGAGCACAGGCAAAGCCAUUCCUAUACAGCUCGCAGCCUUUCGCCCGUGUACGCCCCAUCAACUGUACGGUCAUCGGUUCAGGACUUGCCUGACUACAUCAAGCCGAUGCCGUCGCAUCUGGACGCCGACGACAUCGCAUAUCUGGAGAAGAAGGACGCCUUCACACUUCCUCACCCGGCACUCCGUGAUGAUUGCCUGCGCUGCUACUACCAAUUCAUGCACCCUCUGUACCCUACCGUGGAGUUUGACAAGAUCUGGUCCACAGUCCACGCACCGCACGGUAGCACAGACAACAUUAGCCUCUUAUUGUUACAGGCCGUGAUCUUUGCCGGAGGCAUGUGGACCGACGUUAGGCUCGUACGAAAGGCGGGCUUUCUCAGCCGCAAGGCCUUCCGGCAAAGCUUGGACAGGCGAAUCCGCGUCCUCUACGACGCGGACUAUGAAGACGAUCGGUUGACUUUGGUCCAAUCUCUGUUACUCUGGUCAUUCUGGUUCCGCAAAGCAAACGACCAAAAGGAUGGCUGGUAUUGGGUUGGCGUUGCCCAUUCCAUCGCGUGUAGCAUGGACCUGCAAUACUCGCCGCCGACAGACGCGACAGACGCGAUCAAUCAGCAAAUGCAGCGCCUACGAAAGAAAGUCUGGUGGAGUUUGUGCAAUAGAGAGAUCAUCGCAGCCUUCGAUCUGAGGCGUGCGCCUAGGUUCACUAUUGCCGUCGAGGACAUCUCAACAAUCACCCCGGACGAUUUCACCCACCCGGAGGCUGGGUCAGUCACCGGGUCAGGCAUGAACUGGCCUCCCGAUGCUCCAAGCCACCUCCUGGCGUGUCUGAGUGUCGAAUACAUUAAAUUGAAUCAGAUUCUUGGCAAAAUUCUCAGCAUAACCUGUCACCGGAGGACGGGCAACAAGAUAUUCGGUGCUCAUUUGACCCAGGCCGCGAGGAAUUCCAACACGAUGCCAUGGAACGAGAGACAGAAGGUGAUAGAUGACCUAAUUGCGUGCAACCAGGAAUUGGCGACCUGGCGCAAGCAGGUACCGAUCGACCUCUGGCACAGUGGACCCUUACCGGACGAUCCCUCCGAGUGGUCUGUAGCCACGGCGAGUCAUCGAGCGAUCCUGUGCAUGAUGUACAACAUGGCUGUGAUGACCAUCCACCGACCACAGGCACUGCCGCUGGAGACAUACCAGCCCAACCACACGGGCGUGACCGAGCGAGACAGAAAGCAUCUGGCCCGCAGUCGGGUUCGACACGCCGCGCAAGAAAUCACAAAGGUUGCUAUGGACUUUUUCAACGCCGAUCUGCUCAACUUCCUGCCCGCGACCGUGGUCAGCUGCAUCAUGCCCGUUAGCAUCCACCACUCAUUCGAUACCUUUUCGGACGACAAUACCAUUCGCAACCAAGCAUCUCGCCAACUCGACGAAUGCAAAGCCAUGCUUUACACGCUGGCAGAACGUCAAUUCGCGCCGUCGUGGGUCUUGAAAACGAUCGAGUACAUACUAAGUCGAGCGAGGCGACGUGAACGGUCAAGCCAAGAUGGCUCCAAGUCUGGUGAUCGCCGGAUGGACGACACGAGCAAUACUCGCUCGGCCCCAGGCCAGACAACAGGUCCGCGUAACACGUCGAAUACGUACCUUGACCAGCGCGCAGCCUUUAAUGCCCAGGGGGCGUCCUCACUUCCACCACUCUUUGGUGGCGACGGCAACCCUGCCUCAGAGAGGCCAGACCACGCCUCAAGGGCCAUGGAACUCACAAGCAUGACCGGGAUGGUAUUACCCGGCGAGACCCAAACAGAAGGGGUGGGCCACUUCAAUGACAUCAGUCUUCAAGACGCGAGGUCGGCCAUCCCGUCGUCCUCGGUGAUGGACUUCCCACUUCUCUCCGAUGCGGGCGGCUUCGGGGCCCUGGAGGAUUCAUGGUUCGAUUUGGCUGGUAUUCCUGACUCUGUCACUGGCUCGAACUGGCCCCUUGGCAGUUUCUAA